AUGGCCCUGCCCCUUGCUGCCCCUGCCGUGCCCUCUGCACAGACCACCGGCCUUGCCUCUGUGGCCCUUCCCUCAGCCGCUCCCACGGCCCCACGGGCAGCGGCGCCAACGGCCGCAGCCGCGGUGGGCUUGGCCGCAGUGGCCGCGGGGCGACGCACGGCGAGGCAGCCCCGUGGUGGCUUCGCUGGCGCCAAGGUCACGCUGGAUGUGAAGGGCACGGCUGGCAGGUCGCUGAGCGAUGCCCGGGUGGUGGUCUGUGCCGGCGUCACCUUCCCGGAGGGGCGGAAACUCCGUGUGGCCGUGGUGGGAGGUGGUCCGGCUGGUGCAAGUGCGGCUGAUGCACUCGCACAGCAGGGAGUGGAGACCUUCCUGAUUGAGAGGAAGAUGGACAAUUGCAAGCCUUGUGGUGGUGCCAUUCCUCUUUGUAUGAUCGAUGAGUUUGACCUCCCCAAGGAUAUUGUUGAUCGCCAAGUGCGCAAGAUGACCAUGAUCUCACCCACCAACAAGGAGGUUCAGAUUGGUCAGACCCUGAAGGAUGACGAGUACAUCGGCAUGGUGAGACGUGAGGUGCUUGAUGACUUCCUAAGGCAACGUGCCAAGAAGAACGGGGCCACCUUGAUCAAUGGCCUCUUCAUGGGUAUGACUCUUCCGGAAAAGAAGGGUGACUCCUACGUCAUGACCUACAACGACUAUGACGGUGAGGAGGGCAACGCACGAAAGGGAGAGAAGAAGACCUUGGAAGUGGAUGUGGUGAUCGGCGCUGAUGGGGCCAAUAGCCGUGUGGCUAAGGACAUCGAAGCUGGAGACUAUGAAUAUGCCAUUGCCUUCCAGGAGCGCAUGCGCAUUCCGGAGCAGAAGAUGGAUUACUAUAAGGACCGAGCAGAGAUGUAUGUUGGUGAAGAUGUCUCCCCUGACUUCUACGCUUGGGUCUUCCCCAAGUGCGAUCAUGUGGCAGUUGGCACUGGCACAGUGGUGGACAAGAAGGGCAUCCAACGCUACCAACAGGGCAUCCGCGAUCGUGCGGCCACGCGCAUUGAGGGAGGCGACAUCAUCCGGGUCGAGGCUCACCCCAUCCCGGAACAUCCUAGGCCCUGGCGUGUCGAGGAUCGAGCCAUCUUGGUGGGAGAUGCUGCGGGGUAUGUGACCAAAUGCUCUGGAGAAGGCAUCUACUUUGCGGCCAAGAGUGGGCGCAUGUGUGCGGAGACCAUCGUGAAGAAUUCCCAGCAGGGAUCUCGCAUGAUCGAUGAGGCUGACUUGAUGGAGCACCUGCGUGAGUGGGAUGGCAAAUAUGGCCCAACGUAUUUGGUACUCGACCUGCUGCAGAAGAUUUUCUACACCAGCGAUGCUGCGCGUGAGAGUUUUGUGGAAUUGUGUGAGGAGGAGUAUGUCCAAAAGGUGACAUUUGACUCAUACCUCUACAAGACCGUGCAAGGGAACGAUCCUGUUGGUGAUUUGAAGCUUGGCUGGAAAACUUUGAGCUCCUUGUACAAGUACAAGAAUCAGAAGACGCCAGAUCCCAUGCGAACUCUUGUCUAGGCAGGAGGGUGACGCCAUUUGUUUUUCAUGUGACAAGAUGGGUAGCGGUUACCCUCCAGGGUCAUCAAGCAAAUGGUAAGCCAUUGACGAACGGGCGAUGUUAAAAAAGCCAUGUUUGAUUGCCAGAGGGUAUAGAUUUUGUCUAUGAUUUGAUCGAUUUUGUGGCCCAAGUAUGGGCCAGUAUGGGCCAGUGGCUGUGUACAGCUUUGUAGCUGCGACGUCAUCCAGCCUAUCUAUUUCACAUACCCUCUGCUUAUUUA